AUGCUCGCUCGACUCUCUGCCUUUCAGGGGGGUGUGGGUACUCGAUCUUACUCGGCUUCGACUCACGCCGAUCCCCGAGCAAAACUACGGCGAUCUCUCCUUUACGUCCCGUCGUCCAAUGAUCGAAUGCUACAAAAAUCACUAUCAUCUCCAUCGGACGCACUCAUCUACGACUUGGAAGACAGUGUAGCGCCCAACGAGAAGGAACGAGCGCGCACUGCUUUAUUGGGUUUUCUCCAGAGUCAACCGCGCGAACAUGCGUCUAGGACUUUUGUGAGACUGAAUGCGAUCGAUACCCCUCAGUUUGUGGGUGACAUUACUACCGUGCUCAAAUGGGAGCACCUUGAAGGGAUCGUAAUGCCUAAAAUACACUCGGCAAGCUAUUUGGAUAAAGUAGCCUCGUAUGUCCCUGAAGGUCGACCGUUGAGUAUUAUCGCAUCGAUCGAAUCUGCACGAGGUCUGUGGGAUGCCGGCCACAUCGCUGGUUGGAAAGCAGGACAAGGAGCAGGGAACAAGGUUACUGUUUCGUCGCUAUUAAUGGCGACGGCCGCUAAAGCGUUUGGAAUACAGUGUAUCGACAUGGUGUGCGUGAAUUACAAAGAUACCUCCGUCUUGCGUGAUGAAUGCGAGGAAGCUCGAAGACUGGGGUACGACGGGAAGCAAGCGAUUCAUCCGAAUCAGGUGGAGAUCAUCCAGUCGACGUUUGUUCCUACCGAAAAAGGAGCGUUCGGUCUAGACUCUGGAUCAGGCGAAGUGGAAAUGAUAGACGCACCAAUGCUCAAGCAGGCCGAGGCGACAAUCGCAAAAGCCAAAGCCGCUGGGUUGAAAAUCCCUGAUGUCUGA